CCUUUAAUUAGAAUUUAAAAUGGCUGCCAGCAGAGUCGGCGAUAAAAGAUCUGCUGAAAAAGACUCGGAAAGUGCUGGCAUAGACGUGUCUUCAGACAGCGAAAGUGAACCGGAACCUGCAAAAAUUUUCCACAGACGAAUCUCAACGAACAAAGAUAUUCGCACAUCGACAUGUACAAAACAAGGCUUCUUGCACAAACAGAGCAAUUUCCAGAGAUGGAAAAGACGGUUUUUCAAAUUAAAAGGAAGAAAACUGUACUAUGCAAAAGAUACAAAGUCAUCAAUAUUCGAUGAGAUAGAGUUGACAGAUUUGAGUGUAGCAGAAUGUAGUACAAAGAACAUCAAUCACAGUUUUCAGGUGAUAACCCCGUUCCGAAAUCUUGUUUUAUGUGCUGAGACCAGGAAAGAGAUGGAGGAGUGGAUCUCAGCUCUCAAACAGUCCUCAAAACGAGAGUAUGUUGAGAUUUCGGUCUUUUGUUGUAUACAGGGCAAUGAUACACAGCGAGAGAUGAUGUCAGGACUACAUAACUGGUACACGUGUUCUCAUGCUCGACCUACUUACUGUAAUGUGUGUAGAGAAGCUCUCUCCGGUGUCACGUCACAUGGUCUUUCAUGCGAAGUAUGUAAAUUUAAGGCACAUAAGCGAUGUGCAGUGAAGGCACAGUCUAACUGUAAGUGGACGACUCUGGCAGCUAUAGGAUCCGAAAUUAUAGAAGAUGAAGAUGGGAUUGCUAUGCCCCAUCAGUGGUUAGAGGGUAACCUCAAUGUUAGUUCAAGAUGUGCUGUAUGUGAUAAAAUUUGUGGAAGUGUCCGAAAAUUACAAGAUUGGCGAUGUCUAUGGUGCAAAACUACUGUACAUUCCACAUGCAGAGAUCAGUUACCAAAGAAAUGUCCAUUUUCUCAGUGUCGUGUCUCUAUCUUACCUCCUACAUCCAUUGACAACAUUGACUCGGAUGGUUACUGGGAGGCCAUGAGGCCGCCGGGCACCAGUCCACUGCUGGUGUUUGUUAAUACAAAAUCUGGUGAUAAUCAGGGUGUAAAAUUUCUAAGAAGAUUUAAACAGCUACUCAAUCCAGCACAAGUUUUUGAUUUAAUGAAUGGCGGACCUCAUCCAGGAUUACGGUUAUUCCAAAAAUUUGACCAGUUUCGAAUUCUUGUAUGUGGAGGUGAUGGUAGUAUAGGCUGGGUUCUUUCAGAGAUUGAUAAAAUGGAUCUACACAGACAGUGUCAGAUUGGAGUUUUGCCGUUUGGCACGGGUAAUGAUCUAGCACGGGUACUGGGCUGGGGAUCUGCGUUUGACGAUGAUACUCAGUUACCAGCAAUAUUAGAGAAGCUUGAACAUUCACAGAUUAAAAUGUUAGACAGAUGGAGUAUAUGGACUUAUGAAGGCUACAUGCCUCCUCCCAGAAAACUUUCACAACAGUUUGACCCUAUUUCGCAGUAUGAAGAUUCCGUGGCAAAUCACCUGUCAAAAAUUCUACACUCUGAAGACCAUUCUGUAGUUAUAUCCUCUGCAAAAGUACUAUGUGAGACUGUGAAGGAUUUUGUGGCGAAGGUCGGGAAGGCACACAGUGAGAAAAGUGAUGACCUGGAUAUAGCUGAUAAGUGUGCUAUACUAAACGAGAAAUUGGAAAGUUUGCUCAAUACAUUGAAGGAAGAGGCUCAAGCUUCAUCACAGCUGGACAGUGAUGACGUCAUUGUGCAUAAUGAUCCAGAUAGUAAUUCAUCUGACCCCAGGUUGACCCCUGACAACCAUGUGACCAAUGACAACCAAGACAUCGACAAUGAAAAUUACAAUCCUCCAUUUCCAAUGGACAAUAGAUUAUCUGAUAGUGAUAAUAGAAACUCUUAUGUUGCCAUGGACACAAAUAAUAGCUCUGUUUCCAAGGGCAAUAGAACUAGUGCUAGUUUUGAGAAAAGAAAAAGGGGCAUUGCUAGGCACAGCAGGCACCAUGACAACCGUGAAGUAACGUUUGAUGGGCGGGAAGGAGGACGGACUAGCAAGGAAAGAGUGAGGGUUCAGGGUCCAUUGGCAUCCAGCAUGAAGCCCAAACCUACAAUAUUUAAGCCAAGAGAUGCACUUAUGUCCCGAGCAAACAGUUUGAAGAAAGCAAUCCGGCAGAUCAUUGAGCAUACAGAGCGAGCUGUGGACGAACAAAAUGCACAGACCGUGGAACAAAGUCGGCUUCUACGCGGCUCCUCUGGCAGCUCUGUUGAUCUUGUUGAGCCGUUCAAGCAAUGUGGUCUUCAAGCUGGCAGCCCUAACUCGCGUUCAGCACCUAGCUUUUCUGUUUUUACCUCGGAGGUAGGACAAAAAUCUCCCGAAAUUGAGAUAAAAAAAUUUGAUGGUUCCCAAUCACCUUGUGUGAGUAGCUCACGGCGUAUCAGCAGCAUGUCAACGUUCAACAAGUCUGCAAGUGUUGGUUCGAAUCUCGACUACAAGCCGCCGGUGAAAGAAAACAUUCCACGGCACAGUGGUCUCCCAUCAUAUCCAUUUGCAAAUUAUCCUAUUCUACCCAGUUUAAGCAGCUCUAUAGCAGGGAAGCUGGCUGGAGGAAGUUUUAUCAGUAAAGUGUUACUAGCAAAUGCUGAUGCCCUGUGUGCUGCUGCCUCACCUCUCUUAGAAGAGGAAAUUCCACUUGAGGAGUACACAGAGAAAUGUGUGAUGAACAAUUAUUUAGGUAUAGGUCUCGAUGCAAAAAUCACACUCGACUUUCAGAACAAAAGGGACGAGCAUCCAGAAAAAUGCAGGAGCAGAACAAAGAACCUCAUGUGGUAUGGCGUAUUAGGGGGUAAGGAGAUAUUGCAAAAAACUUAUAAAAACUUUGAUCAACGGGUCCAACUAGAAUGUGAUGGGCAACGAAUUCCACUACCAAGUCUUCAGGGAAUAGUUAUCCUCAAUAUUCCAAGUUUUGGAGGUGGAUCAAACUUCUGGGGUGGUACGAAGGAAGUAGAUACAUUUUCUGCUCCGAGUUUUGAUGAUAAGAUUCUGGAGGUUGUAGCAGUUUUUGGAAGCACACAGCUGGCUGUGUCCAGAGUAUUAGACCUACAGCAUCAUAGGAUAGCACAAUGUCGGACUGUAAAGAUUAUGAUAAUGGGAGAUGAGGGAGUUCCUGUUCAAGUGGAUGGGGAAGCAUGGAUACAGCCACCAGGAUAUAUUCGUAUUGUGCAUAAAAACAGAGCACAAAUGCUGACAAGAGAUAGGUCAUUUGAAACAGUAUUAAAGUCCUGGUCAGAGAAACAGAAGUUAGAGCCUUCAGCUGCCCUAAAGCCAGACUCUCUGAAUGCCGAAGAGACCGAGUCCCUGCAGAAAUUUGUGGAGGUGGCAUCAGCACUUAUAAAAAUUGUCAAAGUUGCCUCCCUUACAUACAGUUCAAUAGAACAGGAGUUGUUUCCCUUGGCAACAAGGGCAUCAGAGUAUCUGGAUAGAUUGUAUCCUUCCGGACGUCUGUCAGAGCCUACUCUGAGAUGUCAAGUGAUAGAUUUUGUACAUAGCGUUCGACAUCUGACCAACGAAACAAGUAUAUUCCUAGCUGAUAAAGCUCCGGAGCUGAGGAUAAGGCUAGAUAUUGAGGAGAAACUAAAUCAUUCCCUGUCUCAAGUUGAGGAGGAGACAAAACAAGUGAUGGAAAUGUGCAAUAUUCCCUCUGCACCAAUAUCUCAGGAAGAGUUGCUGGCAAGUGUAGAGAUGAAACCAAGACCAAAGCCAGGGAAGUUUAAACAGGUGGUUAGUAAACUGAAAGGCAAGAAGGAUAAAGAGAAACCUUACAUUCCAUUAUUAUACAAUGUGAACUCGUGGACAGCAGAAGAUGUGGGUCAGUGGUUAGACAACAUGUCCCUAUCAGAAUACAGAGAAUCGUUCAUCAGACAUGAGAUACGAGGGUUAGAACUACUCAGUCUUGAUAAAACAGAUAUACAGGACCUUGGUGUACACAAAGUUGGUCAUCUGAAGAGAAUACAACAUGGAAUUAAAGAGCUGGUGAAUAGAAUGGCGGCCAUGGAAAAAUAUUGCAACUAUUAAAUUUCUUUUUGCAACUGAAUGUUUUUGUUUUGUUUUGUUUUUUGUAGGAAAUGAACUUUGAAAAAUACUUGUAAUUUUAGUUUACAGAAUAUUUUUAAACAUGUAUAUGCAAACUUUAAGACUUGAAAAUGCUAUUUUUUAUUCAAGUUAACAUUAUUUUAAAGUACAUAACCUUUUUAAAGGAAGAAAAACUUUUUUGAUAUCAAUAAUUGUUGUUUGAUUUAAUGAAAAAUUAGAGCUGUUAUAAAUGUGAACUUGUUUCAGUUUAGAAACUUAUGUAACAUCUUUCUUUCAGGAUUAAAGAUUACUAAAUAUUUACAUUGAACUAAUUUUUUUAUUUUAUUAGAAACCUUUUUUCCCUACAUGAGUUUUUUUUUUAAAUAUAAAAUAAACAGUAUAACUCUUGAAAAAAUGCAACCCCCCAAAAUAGACAUUUUUAGGGUUCUGUUGUUUUGAUGAAUUUUAUAUAAAUUAAGGAGACACAUCUUUAUGCAGCAAUUGACCUAUGGUUUACAUAAGUCUUUUUCAAAAUUAAAUUUAAUCUAUCUUUUGUUUAUAUUAAUGGAUUUAGAGCUUUAAUUACACUUGUGAACUAUAAAGCAGGUUGUCUCAUUACACUAUUUAUUCUCCCGUAAAAGAUGUUGUGAUGGUUAAAAGCUUUACAUUUAUUUUUUGGUGAAAUGAAGAGUAAUGUUGAAAGUUGCAGUUUGAGAUACAAAAUCUCUGACAUUGAAAAAAAACAUUGAUGUGAUUUUAUUCCUCCAAUAUUGUAUGUCAUUUAUUGAUUUUUUAUACAACUUUAAAAGAGUAGAUUGGUAGAUGUAGUAUGUUUCGUAGAUAGGAACUUUGUAAUUUGUAAAGAAAAACAACAACAAUUUAUUUUUUAUGAAUGGUCAUCUGUUUUUUUUAUACAUAUAUAUAAAAGUUAUCUACGAGUUUUGUAGACUGUGUUACCUGACAUAGAAUCGUCGCCUUACACGGGUACUACUGUAUCUGUACACGGGUACUACUGUAUCUGUACACGGGUACUACUGUAUCUGUACACGGGUACUACUGUAUCUGUACAGGGGUACUACUGUAUCUGUACACGGGUACUACUGUAUCUGUACACGGGUACUACUGUAUCUGUACACGGGUACUACUGUAUCUGUACAGGGGUACUACUGUAUCUGUACACGGGUACUACUGUAUCUGUACACGGGUACUACUGUAUCUGUUCUCUCUUCUUUAAAAUUUAGAAUAUUUUACCUUCUCUACAGCAAGUCUGAAUAUUGCUAUUGUUUGUUAGAUUCAUGCUUGUAUGGAAAUUAUCAAGUUAGAUUUGUAUUGUCAAAGGUCCUUUAUUGGUGCUUCUGCAUGUUGGAAAUGAUGCAUGGUGGUGUAUCUUACAUGAUCUGGAAAGUUGCCAUAAGACUUACGCCAUAAGUGUCUGUAUGUGACAUAAAAAUAUCAAUAUAAAAAUCCUUCUCGACAUGCUGAUACAGUAGUAAUUACGUAAGGUGACCAGACUGUCCUUGACCCUGCCUUUAACACGUUGUUAGUAUUUUGUAAUACUUUUUUGUAAAGUAUUUUCUUAUGAUUCAACUAAUGCCCAUUACUCCUUUAUUGUUUAUAUGUACUAUACUUGUAAAUUUUAUUAGGCUUGAAUAUAUCGAGCCUAAUGAGUUUUUUCUUUUAAAUAAAUGGAAGUUGGUCUUUUGUGUCAAAAUAAAAAAAAGAGCAAGAAAACAGUAUGAUAAUGUAUAAUAAUUAUUUAACAUUUUGAAAGGUAUUUUUUGUCUCAAAAGGAAUGUUUCAGAAUUGUACUAUGAAACUUACUUAACUUUUGUCUUUUAAAGACAAGGGUUAGAAAAAUAAAAAACUAAUAAAUGCAAUUGUCACUCGCACCACAUUAGUAACCAAUAUUUUAAUUCGUAAGUUACAAAAUGUUUGACAAGGCUGUUAGCUUACUAUUUCUGUCAACGAAGAUAUGUCUUAGUCCACAUUUUUGAACAAAUGAUGUAGAUCUGUGGGCAUAUUGUUUUUGUUUUUUUUGUCCAGUCUGUUGAUAGACAGCUUUAACACCAGUCAUUAUACUUAUAACAUUAAUGUUUAGACUUUAGACAUAAAAUAUCUCUCAAUUGGGCUUCUUUCUUAUUUAUUUAUACAUGACCUUGACCCUAAAUGAUAUUGACCUCAGAAUGGUAUGUUUAAACUGUUAUUUAUGAAUUGAUUUAUGACAGGGGCAUAGGUAUUAUGUAUCAAUAACAUUUAAAAAUGGUGAAACAAUGUAUUGACUUGUGCUAUCUCCACUUCAGCAUUGUAAAUAACAAAAAAUAUUUCAUUUUGUUUUCAGAUAUUAGUGAAUUUUUUAUCGAUUACGAUUGUGACCAUAUAAAUGCUUGUCUAUGUGUGCUAACUGACCUUGACUUAUCUUAAAGGUGAUACUGUGUUCUUAUCAUUGCUCCGAUGCAUUUCAAUUUGAUGUUUAUUAUAGAUCUAUUUUUCUACAAGUAUCUGAAAAAAAUCUUUUUGUCAGUUGACAUUAUUUUGUAUUUAUUAUGAAGAUGUUGUUUUUUUUUCUGGGAUUUAUUUUUCAUUGUUUUUUAUUAAUCAUCUCAGAUGUAUGUUAUUUUGAUAACUAUUCCAUUUAAUGUUUUCAGCAUUAAUAGAUAUGUCUGUCUGUUUGUGACUGUAAAUAUAUGUGUGUGAUGAGUGUAAAAGAAAAAUUUAUUAAAUUUUGAGACAAUUGUAAGAUGCAAUGCUCACUGUGCCACCACUAUAGUGUUAAUGAGACUAAAAUCUAGCAAGAUCAAAUGUAAAGCUUACUUCAUUUGUAGAUCUCACCCUGCUGAUGGAGUUGUUUCUGGUAAUUGACCUGCUUUCAAAUAUUUAAUGGUGUAAUUUUAGCAGACAAUACUAUAAAGCUGUGGCAGACUGACCGCAGACGUGCAGCCUGGCAUUGCUUAAUACCAAUGGUAUAGCUGUAGGCAAAUUAUUGUAGAUACUAAAAUGCAUGCAAAGAGUGACUAAAGAAAUGCUUCUUUUGAAAUGUGUCUGAUGGGUUUAAACACUUAAUAAAGUUAGUCUUACUUUCACCAAAGACUAUAUAGAUGUCCUGGAGCUUUUUGGUAUAUAUGAUUAUGUUUGCUAAGAAGGUGAGUUUUUUCAUCGUAUAUUGUAUUUUAAUGUAUAAAAUGUCAUGUUUGUUUGUUCUCUUAUUUUCUUGCUUGAGAUAUUAUUGUUAUUAUCACCUUCAAUAAACUCAUAUGAAAUGUAACAUAAAAAGUAUUAUAUCGCAAAUUGUUUAAAGAUAUAAGCUGGACUUAGGUUGCUUUUCAUUUUUUAUGUUCUUUAUUGUUAAUUACAAAGGACGUGGGUUCGAUCACUUAUAAUAUUUUGUUGAAAUGAUUAUUGAAUCAACAUUUAAAUUAAAACAAGCGGGAGGGGCUUGAUUUGAAUAAAUGUAAUUAUAGCAGAUAUAUCUGUUGAUAUAAUCCAUAACAGCCAGUCAAGUAGUGAUUAUUUUUGAGGGAGGUUGGGUUUAUAUUGUUCAGUAAUAUAUUAAUUGUAACCCUUGUAUCACUAUUCUGUUGAACACUAAAAUGGCAAUGUUAUUUGAUAUAUAUAUUUGCACCUCUCGUUUGGAAGUCCCUUUGUUAUAAUAUAUUUUGAAUUUUAUAUGCUAGUCUAGGAAUCACUGUGUUCACAUAAAAUAAUAUAUAAUUGUAUGUGUAACUUGUUGUUAUACCUUUAAAAUCUGUCUUAAAACAUGUUUUAGAAUAUAUAUUCUUAAAUGAUAUUUAUUCUGUUGAAGGAAACUCAGGCUAGUUGUUUUUAUGGAAUGGGCAUUUAUUUAUGUCUUUCUUUAAGAUAAUGGGUUUAAAGCAGAUUUUAGUUUUAAAAAAAAUAAGGAAAAAUUGUUGUAUUUCCACCAAUCGUUUCAUAUAAAUACAAAGUAUCUACCCAUGUACUGCCCUAGAAUUAACAUAAAAAACAUCAUGUAUUACACCCAUAAUUUAGGUUAGUAUAAGCCUUUUAUGUGUAUGUGCUGUUUUGAAGCACCCUUUUUAUUGUAUAAUAACCUUUUCAUUUUUCAUCAUUAUAUUUUCAUAAUAUUUUAUUUUGAAAACUAGUGUUCAUAUUUGUACCAGUCUGGUACUGUCUCUAUUUUGUUCUAGGUGCUAUGUGGUAGUCAUUGUUUUCAUAUAUAGGUGCAAUAUUAAACCAUUUCAUUUCCUACUUCUCUCACAUCACACAUGUCAGCCUUAACGUAAAUCUUUUCUUUACUAUUUAUAGAGCUAUGAAGUACACUUUUUUACAUAUUGUAUAUUUAAACAUUUUAAAUAUGAAAUCACUUUGUAUAUACACAAAAAAUCUUGUGUUGCAAAGCAAAAGUUAUAAAUAAUGACCAUGCACCUUUUGUUAUUAUAAAACAGGUUGAAAAAUGAAAUCGUUUUGGUUUGUUUUAGUUUGGGCAAGGUCAUUUGACUGCUUUGUAAAUAUAUGUGGUUACACAGCUUAAAAUUUUAGUGGUUUUAGAUAAAACAAACACAAUGCUUUUGACAAUAUUAUGACUAUAUACAAAGAAAAUAACGUGUAAAAGAUUGAUACUAUUUAUCAAAUGAUGCAUCAAACAAACAUCAUCAUAAAAUGUGAGCCAUCAUAAACAUUGUUAGGCCUCAUUACAGCAUUGUGAAUAACUAGCAAAAAAGACAGUGAUCAUACCACUAUAAAAGAGGUGGUGGUUAUUUGCAUGUUUUUCAAGAAAUGUUUAGUCUAUUCAAUUCUUGGUGGUUUUCUUCCAAAGUUAAUUUGUUAAAUCUACCAUUUGCUGGAGAGAAAGAAAAAAAACAACAACACAUAUUGUAUUCUAAUUUUGUUUUCAGUUUAAAACAUUUUUGAUUAUUCUUACAGAUAUAAUAACAAUUAUAAUUCAUUAAAAUACCUAUUCUAUAGUGUUUUUAGCUCACCUGUCACAAAGUGACAGGGUGAGCUUUUGUGAUCGCUUUUUGUCCAGCGUCUGGCCGUCCGUCCGUCCGUCGUCCGUCCGUCCGUAAACUUUUGCUUUAAAUGACAUCUCCUCAUAAACCACAAGCCAAUUUCAUCCAAACUUCACAGGAAUGUUCCUUUGGUGGUCACCUUUAAAAAUUGUUCAAAGAAUUUAAUUCCAUGCAGAACUCUGGUUGCCAUGGCAACUGAAAGAAAAAUCUUUAAAUAUCUUCUUUUAAACAACCCUAAGAGCUAGAGCUUAGAUAUUUGGCAUGAAACAUCUUCUAGUGAGUGUCUACCAAGUUUGUUCAAAUAAAAGCCCUGGGGUCAAAAUUGGCCCCGCCCUAGGGGGUCAUUGAUUUUCCCUAUAUGCAUAAAGUAAAAACUUAAAAAAUCUUCUUUUAAAGAACCCAAAGAGCUAGAGCUAAGAUAUUUGGCAUGAAACAUCUUCUAGUGAGUGUCUACCAAGUUUGUUCAAAUAAAAGCCCUGGGGUCAAAAUUGGCCCCACCCCGGGGGUCAUUGAUUUUCCCUAUAUGCAUAUAGUAAAAACUUAAAAAAUCUUCUUUUAAAGAACCGUAAGAGCUAGAGCUUAGAUAUUUGGCAUGAAACAUCUUCUAGUGAAUGUCUACCAAGUUUGUUCAAAUAAAAGCCCUGGGGUCAAAAUUGGCCCGGCCCCAGGGGGUCAUUGAUUUUCCCUAUAUGCAUAUAGUAAAAACUUAAAAAAUCUUCUUUUAAAGAACCGUAAGAGCUAGAGCUAAGAUAUUAAGCAUGAAACAUCUUCUAGUGAGUGUCUACCAAGUUUGUUCAAAUAAAAGCCCUGGGGUCAAAAUUGGCCCUGCCCCAGGGGGUCAUUGAUUUUCCCUAUAUGCAUAUAGUAAAAACUAAAAAAAAACCUCUUUUAAAGAACCAUAAGAGCUAGAGCUUAGAUAUUUGGCAUGAAACGUCUUCUAGUGAAUGUCUACCAAUUUUUUCAAAUAAAAGCCCUGGGGUCAAAAUUGACCCCGCCCCAGGGGGUCAUAGAUUUUCCCUAUAUGCAUAUAGUAAAAACUUAAAAAAUCUUCUUUUAAAGAACCCAAAGAGCUAGAGCUAAGAUAUUUAGCAUGAAACAUCUUCUAAUGAGUGUCUACCAAGUUUGUUCAAAUAAAAGCCCUGGGGUCAAAAUUGGCCCGCCCCAAAAACUUAAAAAAUCUUCUUUUAAAGAAUUCAAAGAGCUAGAGCUAAGAUAUUUAGCAUGAAACAUGUUCUAAUGGGUGUCUACCAAGUAUGUUCAAAUAAAAGCCCUGGGGUCAAAACUGGCCCGCCCGGGGGGGGGGGGUCAUUGAUUUUCCUUAUAUGUGUAUAGCAAAAACUUAAAAAUAUUCUUUGAAAAAACCCAAAUAGCUAGAGUUAAGAUAUUAAGCAUGAAACAUCUUUAAGUAAAUAUCUACAAAGUUUGUUCAAAUAAAAGCCCUGGGGUCAAAACUGGCCCUGCCCCAGGGGUGUCAUUGUUUUUAACUAUAUGUGUAUAGUAAAAACUUUAAAAAUCUUCUUUUAAAAAACCCAAUGAGCUAGAACUUAGAUGUUUAGCAUGAAACAUCUUCUUAUGGGUGUCUACCAAGUCUGUUCAAAUAAACAAAUAAAAGCCCUUGGGUAAAAAAAGGCCUGGGGGUAUGGGGGGGCCUAUAUACAGGUGAGCGACCUCAGGGCCAUCAUGGCCCUCUUGUUGUAUUAUUUUAUUUCUCACAUUGACGUUAGGGACAAAAAUAUAUACAUUGACAUUAGAAACAAAAAAUAACACAGCCAAUAAUGUACAUAUACAUGUUGAUGUGAGAGAUACUGCUUGUUAUGCUAUAAAUAAAAAAUCUACGCAUAUGUCAUGUAUUUUACACAUAUGUAACAGCUGGACUGAUUAUAUACUGCUAGUAAAUAGUGAAUUCUACUCGAGGUAGAUGCAUCAACAUUGAAUUUCUCGCUGAAAAUUGUAGCAUUAAACUUCUACACAGAUCAUUCAUUUAUGAUUUCUAAACACAUUGUUAAUGAAUUUCAGGCAUGAUUUUUCAAUAUUUCUCAUUUGAUAUGUCAUUGAAAUGUUCAGUGUUAUUUACAUUUCUUUCUUUUGCUCUCGAGACUCUCUGGAAGCUUUGGGUGUUGUAAGUUCAUCUGAUAGAAAGUUCUUACCAAUGAGUCUGCUGGUUCCAGAAUAUAUGAGCUGCACCAUGAUAAAACCAACAUAAUGGGUUUGCGACCAGCAUGGAUCUAGACCAGCCUGCUCAUCUGCACAGUCUGGUCAGGAUCCAUGCUGUUCGCUUACCAACCCUAUUACAAGUAGAGAAACUGAUAGCGAACAGCAUGGAUCCUGAUCAGAUUGCGCGGAUGCGCAGGCUGGUCUGGAUCCAUGCUGGUCACAAACGCACUAUGUUGGUUUUGUCAUGACGCGACUCAUAUAUGCAGAGUUCAAUGUUCUUAACUCCAUGUAAUGAAACUAUCCUGCUUUGUAUUUAAAACAGUACAUUUGAAUUUCAAGGGAUAACAGUAACAACAUAACAAACUAACAGUUAGUUACUAUAACGAUAGGGUGUUAUCAAGACUUCUAUAAUGUGGGCAAAGGCUAACCACAUUUAGUUCCAGCACGUUAAGGGUUAAUGAAAAUAAAAAAGUCACCAUUUGACUUGUGAUUUUAAAACCAACAAAAGAAAAUAUAUUGAUUAUAUAGACAUAUUUUGCUUUGAAUAUACCAGGGAGUUAUAACAAAAUUGAGAGAUAGUGAAUAGAUAGGACUUGAAGCUUUGAAAUAAAAUGUUUUUGUAUUCAUCGAGUAGGAGACCACACUUAACAGAGUUAUCUUAGCAUUUAUAUAUAUUAUGAUAUUUCUUCUAUUAUUCACUGUUUUUAUACUAAUAUAUAGCUUACAAGGUAUAAUAAUAGUAUUUUUACAAGGUUUGUAUUCAUAUGCCAUAAACUUAAUCAUUCCAAAGAAUCUAUUUUUUCAUUUUUUGUAUACUGUAUUUUUUGUCUCUUUUUGUACUGUUGUAAAUUAUUCGGUAUGAAUCGAAAUUUGUAAGCGUGAGGAUAAUGGAUGAAUUUGUUUUUUGUUUUGUUUUUUUUUCUUUGUAAAAGUACUGAUUUUCACUGGGCACGUGAAGUUAAGUUAAUUAUGCUGAUUUUGGGCAGGGUUUUCAAAUUUUCUUUAUAUUUGAAAGACCCUGGUUCGGGUAAACAUGUAAAAUAAUUUAUGAUAAUGUUGAUUCUAGAAGAGGUUAAUUGAGUUGUAAUUUGAUGGGACAAUAUGAAGUUUGGGGAUUUGUAAGUAGAAGUAUUUUUAUGUAGCUCUUUUUGUGAGAUUGAAAAGGCGAUUCAACAUCAGAUUAAGGUGGAGUUGCAUUUAGGAAAGACAAUGAGUAUGUUGUGAUAGAGAUUUGAAUAUUGGUUAAUGGGUGUAAGGUAAUAAUGUAUAAGAUCUGUAAAAAGAUUGAUUUAAGGUAAAACUUAUUGUUGCAUCUGUGUUAAUGUUUGUUGAGGGACACAUGUUCGGUUAACCCGGGGAUUAAAUACAAUUUUUGUAUACUUUUUAAAAUAAAUCUUUAGUUCUUGAUAUUUUAAAUCUGAAAUUGGGAUUGAUAGAUGGGAUAUUGCAUGUUUAUUUACAUUUAUAUGUUUUGUUCAUAAAGUUAUACUUUGUAUAAAGAAGAAUCAAAAGAAUAUUUGAUCACUGGAAAGGUUAACUGUGACAAGUAUGUUACAUCCACUGUUACUCUCCCUUGCACUUUAUAUUAAGAAAAAAUAGUCCCUUAUUGGCACAAAUUCGAAUAAGCUUUUCUUUAUAUUUCCAUUAUUCUUUUCACUUUGUUAAAUUAGUACAAGACAUUUGUUUUUUAAAAAUAAGGAAAUUUCACCAUAUUUUUUUAAACAUUUUUUUAGUGCCACACUCUAUUGCUUUUUGUCCUUAUUUUUUCAACAUGACAUUUUCUUUUAGGGUUUGGGGUCCUUUAUGUUUAAAGAAAUGCACAUGGUAUAAAUACUGAUCAUAAUAGAAAUUUAAAGAAAGGAAAUUUUCAGUUUUUUUACUAUAACAAAUGAUAUGUUUAAACUGCUAAGCAAUUUUUAAAUUAAAUAGAAAACAAUUUUAUUAAGGAAAUGUUUGCCAGUUUUUAGCUCACCUGUCACAAAGUCACAUGGCGAGCUUUUGUGAUCACUUUUUUCUUCUGGUGUCCGUCCAUCGUCUGUCCGUCCAUAAACUUUUACUUUAAAUGACAUUUCCCCAUAAACCUCUGAGCCAAUUUCAUUCAACCUUCACAGGUAUGUUCCUUUGGUAGUCAACUUUUAAAGAUUGUUCAAAGAAUUUAAUUCCAUGCAGAACUUAAAAAACUUAAAAAAUCAUCUUUUAAAAAACCGAAAGAGCUAGAGCUUAAAUCUUUGACAUGAAACAUCCUCUAGUCAGUGUCUACCAAGUUUGUUCAAAUAAAAGCCAUGGGGCCAAAAUUGGCCCCGCCCUGGGGGUCAUUGAUUUUCCUUAGAUGUAUAUAGUAAAAACUUAAAAAUCUUCUUUGAAAAAAAACCAAAUAGCUAGAGCUUAGAUAUUAAUCAUGAAACAUCUUCUAGUUGGUGACUACCAAGUAUGUUCAAAUAAAAUCCCAGGGGUCAAAAUUGGUCCUGCGCCAGGGUGUCAUUGUUUUUCCCUUUAUGUAUAUAGUAAAAACUUAAAAAGUCUUCUUUUGAAAAACCCAAAGAGCUAGAGCUAAGAUAUUUAGCAUGAAACAUCUUCUAAUGGGUGUCUACCAAGUUUGUUCAAAUAAGGGCCCCUACCCAAGGAUCAUUGAUUUUCCUUGUAUGUGUAUAGAAAAAAGAUCUUAUUUUAAAAAAUAACCCAAAGAGCUAGAGUUUAGAUACUAAGCAUGAAAUAUCUUCUAGUGAGUGUCUACCAAGUUUAUUCAAAUAUAAGCCCUGGGGUAAAAAUUGGCCCCGCCCAGGAUGGUCAUACUUUUUCCCUAUAUGUGUAUAGUAAAAACUUAAAAAAUCUACUUUUAAAAACCCCAAAGAGCUAGAGCUUAGAUGUUUAUCAGGAAACAUCUUCUAAUGGGUGUAUACCAAGUGUGUUCAAAUAAAAGCCCUUGGGUUAAAAUUGGCCUUGCCCCGGGGGCCUAUAUACAGGUGAGCAAUUUCAGGGCCAUCAUGGACCUCUUGUUUACAAAAGUGAGUUAUCCGAGAAAUUGUGUGUAUCUUUGACAUGUACUACAAUGUAUUUUACAGCGAGUAUGUUAGUGACACAUUAAGUUGUUAAAGUUGCUAGAGUGUAAGGUUUCUAUGCACAUAUAGGUGUAGCUAUUGCACAUAUACACUUUUAUACAUGUAGAUUUUGUCCAAUUUACCCUGACACACACAUUGUUUACACAGCCUUUUAUAAAAUCUCAAUGAUCAUGUGACCAUUUUCAACUUGUAUGUCUACAGUUUAGUGUUCCUCAUAUUUUAAUAUAAUUUCUAUGUUGUUUAAAAAAUAAAUGAAAAAUGUU